CAGUUUGCUGACCAAAAGCAAGAAUUCAACAAGCGCCCCACGAAGAUCGGCCGCCGUUCGCUUUCCCGCUCCAUCUCGCAGUCCUCGACAGAUAGCUACAGCUCAGCUGCCUCCUACACAGACAGCUCUGAUGAUGAGACCUCCCCCCGAGACAAGCAGCAGAAGAACUCCAAAGGCAGCAGUGAUUUCUGUGUGAAAAACAUAAAGCAGGCAGAAUUUGGGCGCCGAGAGAUUGAAAUUGCGGAACAAGAAAUGCCUGCGCUGAUGGCUUUGAGGAAGAGAGCUCAGGGAGAGAAGCCACUGGCUGGGGCCAAGAUCGUGGGCUGCACGCACAUUACAGCGCAGACAGCUGUCCUAAUGGAGACUCUUGGUGCGCUGGGUGCACAGUGCCGAUGGGCUGCGUGCAACAUCUACUCUACUCUUAAUGAAGUGGCUGCUGCCCUCGCCGAGAGCGGGUUCCCCGUCUUCGCCUGGAAGGGAGAAUCCGAAGACGACUUCUGGUGGUGCAUCGAUCGCUGCGUCAACGUCGAAGGAUGGCAGCCCAACAUGAUCUUGGAUGACGGAGGAGAUCUCACUCACUGGAUUUACAAGAAGUACCCCAACAUGUUUAAGAAGAUCAAGGGGAUAGUAGAGGAGAGCGUGACUGGUGUCCACAGGCUGUACCAGUUGUCCAAAGCGGGGAAGCUCUGCGUCCCAGCCAUGAAUGUCAACGACUCGGUCACAAAGCAGAAGUUUGACAACCUGUACUGCUGCAGAGAGUCCAUCCUGGACGGCCUUAAAAGGACAACAGACAUGAUGUUUGGAGGCAAGCAAGUAGUGGUUUGUGGCUACGGGGAGGUUGGAAAGGGCUGCUGUGCUGCUUUGAAGGCCAUGGGCUCCAUAGUGUACGUGACAGAGAUCGAUCCGAUCUGUGCCCUCCAGGCCUGCAUGGAUGGAUUCCGGCUCGUGAAACUCAAUGAAGUCAUCAGACAAGUUGACAUCGUCAUCACCUGCACAGGCAACAAGAACGUGGUGACCAGGGAACACCUGGAUCGGAUGAAGAACAGCUGCAUCGUCUGCAACAUGGGGCACUCCAACACCGAGAUCGACGUGGCAAGCCUGCGUACGCCCGAGCUGACCUGGGAGAGGGUGAGGUCCCAGGUGGACCACGUCAUCUGGCCGGACGGGAAGAGAAUAGUCCUUCUGGCGGAGGUGAGUUGCNNNNCCGUCCCCACCUUCGUCUUGUCCAUCACUGCCACCACGCAGGCUUUGGCUUUGAUAGAGCUGUACAACGCUCCCGAAGGCCGCUACAAGCAAGACGUGUACUUGCUGCCUAAGAAAAUGGACGAGUACGUGGCAAGCCUUCACCUCCCAACGUUCGAUGCCCACCUGACGGAACUAACGGAUGAACAAGCAAAAUACCUGGGACUGAAUAAGAACGGACCUUUCAAACCAAACUACUACAGAUAUUAAGUUCCUGCCGCUGUAUCCUGGAGAAUCGCGAGGAACAAGAACCCAAGUCUUUUCUCAACUACUGUACAGGAUGAAACAGCGCAAGCUUCCUAAGUUAGAGCCGGGCUUGCUCACAUAGUAGACAGUGUGUUUAGGUUAUUUAUUUAUUAAAUUAGAAUACUGUACAUGCGGCCUCUGCCACUGGUGUUCGUACUGCCGCGGGACUGGGAGACGGUGGAUUUCUUUCCGUUUGUUUCAUUUUUCUCUUUGGGUUGUUCUUUUUCGGGGCUGGGAGGAUGGGGGAGGCGAGGAAGAAGCUGGUGGAAUGGAAUUGCUGCGAUGUACGUGGAAUAGUCCGUUAUCACCGUUAAUCCGACACGCACGAUGGGAGCCGCGGGAUCCGACUUCGAGGUCGCACGUUGCUUUUGGUUUCCUUCGCAUCCCAGCGCUUCUUCCAGCGGAGCAGGAUCCCGGCAGCCGUGAGAGCCGGCCGGAGGGCGGCCGGGUUUGCAUUUCUCAUGCCAUUUGACAACGCGGCUAAAAACCUCGUUCGCUCCAGGCGCCGCCGACCAGCCGGGUGCCGCCUUGGCAGCGAAGCGGUAAAUGUCGCCGGCGAUCGCUGGAGAAACCUCUCGUAAUUCUGCCGAACUGCCCGAGGGACGGUUCUGCCAGCGAGUCGGUGAACUUCGCCUUAGCACUGCUGAAAGCUGUAACGAAGGGUCCGGUCGUUAGCGUCAGCCAGGGAUAGCCCCUAGCAUGCGGUAGGAGCCAGGAGGGCAGAGCGGAGCCCGCUCGGAGGCAGACCCUAACGGAUGUGGUGGUGGUGGGGUAGGACCCACCACCGCUCCCUUCUUCGCAGCUCCGCAGUAUUUUCCUGCUGCUUACGUUACGAGUGCCAACCUCCUACGGUUCAACCAAAGUCGUAUUCCCGGUGGGGCUACGGGGCAGCCUUGCGUGCCCGCGCUGGUGGAAGAGCCUUGCAACCUCGCUGACAAAUGCUGCUCACGUGUCGGGGAGCUCUUCCAAACCCAAGCGGAGCUCGUCGGCCAUCCCGGCUGGGAGGACCCCUGUCCACGCGAGGUCUUUCUCCAGCUGAAUUUCAGUCCUCGUUGGAAAUCUUUGGAGUUUUAUUUUCUAGUAGUAUUCGCGUGAUGAAAUCUGGAAAUCCCCUUUGAGUGUGAGAGACGUACGCCAGAGUCAUCCCCACCCUGAUUUUGUGCGCGGGGAAGAGUUUAGCAUCACUAAACCCCUUCAAUCACCUCAAAUCUUGAUGCAUCAGAGCCGAUGGAGAACAAAUUUGCCAUAGUUACUUGUUUUAGCCCAGGAUGUCCCACCUGAACGCUGCGGACGGCACGGCACGCUCACCGAGGUGACUUUCCAAGUCUCCAUGUCUCAUCGGAGUCACUUUUCACAUGGAGAACAGGGACCUUCUAAAAUAAAAUUGCCUGAUCCUAUAAGCUCAAAAGCCUUUAUCCUGUGGUUGCUGCUUUGGUACCCGAGUCCCUCAUCAGCCACAGAUUCUUCUUUUGUCCUCGCGGACUUCUUUGCCAUCAUGAAAAAACUCUUUUGUGGCAGCUCGUUCACGCACAAGAAAGGAAAAACUGUGGAAUUACGAUCUCAGCGGCCGAGUACUUCUCGUGGCUCUUGAUGCCGAGGUCUGAAGACGGCUUGACCACAAGCUGCUCGUCUUUGGAGCAAACCCCCUCGUAUGCUUGCUUAUUCCAAGUUUCGCUUUGAAAUUUCUCAAAGCCUAGAAGUAAGGCUUUGAGAAGACCUUGAGAAGACUGUGAGGAGACGUCAGGCCUUUGAGAAGACUUUGAGGAGACCUUGAGAAGACCUUAGGCCUUGGAGAAGACUUUAUCAUAGACUGAUCACUAACCACAAACUCAAAAUAAUCUCUACUCACUCAUGAAUUUUAUCCAGAUCCUGAGAUUUUUGGGAAGGGUCCCCCGAGCUAUUUGAAACGUCACGUUCGGGUCUUUCCCCACGCUGGGUUACCUUGGUCUGCAUCAGCCGAUGAACCCCCGAGUUUCUCUGGUUCUCUGCAGAUGCGCAGCGUGAAAUCCUGCUCUCGGCCGAGGUGAAACGCGGUUGCAGGGUCACGUUGAGCAAAGCAGCUUUUGGAAAAUAGGUGUCCCAGCCGCAGCCGCUUCUGCCCCGGGAAAAUCCCUCUCCAUCCGCAUGACCCUUCGGUACAGCUCACGCAGUCGCUUACCUCCCCCGUGUCCGUCGCUUGUGCAGCAUACGGUGGUGCUGUCCUCAUCCGUGAAUUCCUUCGUGCCGAUUUUUAAGCCCGUUUUAUCUUCCAGGUAGAUAGGAGAAAAAGAAAAAAGUAAUAAUAAAAUCCUAACUGGCUUUUCCCACCUCGAUUUUUAAAGCUCUUCUCCAUGUUGUUCUGCUUCUUCUGUAAGCUUUUUUGCUUGCUUGGCUUUUUCCUAAUCAAUCUGGAAUCAUAUUCUGUGAACAUCUCUAAAUUAAACGUGUAAUUUUUUUUUUUUUUAAAUGUAACACAUUUUUAAAGAAUUAGGAAAAAGGAGAUUUAGGUAACACCAGCAAAAUUGUAUAAGGAAAUUAAUUCUGUUCUGAACUUUAGAAAUAAUAAGACAAAACCUGUCAUCAGCCUGCAGUGAGGAAACAAAAACUUUGCAAACGUAACAUUUUCAAAAGGAUGUUUUAAAUAUUAAUGUCUGAGUGAUUGUAUUAGAUCAGCAAUAAAGACUCUGUAAUCUCAAAACACAAAUAAAACAUUGGAAAACUCA